AUGACUUCGGACCCCUACAUGGACAAGAUCUUCGUGCUCGAUGCUCUGACCCACAGCCUCAACAUAUCCAUGUUCGAGCUCAUGAGCAUCCUCACCCGCCAGGCGCCCCUGUCGAACCUGCUUCUCGUCCCCGCUCUCAAGCUGCAGGACAUGCCCAUGUCGACUCUCCUCCCCAUGCCAGGCAUCCAUCUGCACACCAAGAUACCCGCACCCCCGACGGCACACGUGCCUCCCCCGGCUGGUCCACCGGACGAGCCCGACGACCUUUACAUCGAGUUUCUGGUGCUUUACUGGGCUUCGUUGGUUUUCGUCGUGGUCAUUGCCAUAUCGGCCAUGUUGACGAAACUGAAGAUGUCAGUUCACAAGAGCUUGGAAGACAGGAAACCCGAUUUAGCAACGAAGCCACUGACGGAUGUGGAGAGGUGGUGUAUGCGGAGGCAGAGGAUGCGCGAGUUGGAGGCUGAAAGGCAGGACGAGAUGAAGAGGGCCAAGAUGGAGGCAGAGUAG